GUAGGUUGUGCGCAUGCUUCAAGGAAGGAGAAAGAAAAUCAAGCGAAUUCAUUUUUGGGGUGAUGAUUUCAAGAAAAGAGAAUAAAAUGUUUUAACAUUGUGAGAGAAGUGUGACACCCUAUACCAACAAGACCACCAUUCGCUGGUUGUCUUGGUUACAGACAGGUGUCACUCAUAUUUGGAGUUUAUUUUAAAAAUCUUGGAAAACAACCUACAUAAAGAAGGCAACCCUUAAAAUGCUGUCAUCAGGCAGUUUGUUGCCAUUGUCAACACAUGAUGCCAUGCUUCAGUGUGAAGAGCCUCAGUUUGCAGAGAACUUGGACUUUGCUUCAAAGGGUGAUCAAGGGAGUCCAAUUCGAAGUGUUAGCCCUGUCCUGUAUGGCCCUCUUGUGAAUCACAUGUCAGUUGACUCUGGGAUGAGCACUAAGGAUGUACAGGAUCCCACUGCUGUUCAUGGAAGUUGUGGUUUGUGGAACAUUGGGAAUACCUGCUUCAUGAAUGCAGGCAUCCAGUCAUUGGCUAGCUGUGCACCACUUCUCAAGUUCCUCUUUGAGCAAUUUCAGUACCGCCAGGGCAUGCAAGGCACGCUUACUGGAGCAUUCUAUGUCCUUUUGUGCAAACUGUGGAGUGGUCAGUACAGCGUCAUAUAUCCUCUACACUUUAAGGAGCUGCUUGGACUAUAUCAUCCACAGUUUCGAGAUUAUCGGCAGCACGAUUGCCAGGAGUUCCUUGCCCUGUUGCUGGACACGUUGCAUGAACAGUUAAACCAGGUGCCUAGCAUCUGUGUACUUGACACCUCAGUGAGUGGAAAAUGUAGUUCUCCUGACGAUCAACACCAGAACCUUCUGAACAACCAGGACACACCCCCAGAAGGUCGGUGUGCUGAAAAUAUGGAAGCACCUCAGGCUUCAGCCAGUGAAUUGAAGGUUCUGCAUGUGGAGUCUGUGGCAUCAGGAGAAGAGGAGGAGGUGGGCAGCUCUGUUUCACAUAGUGAGGCCUCACCAGGGUCCUUGAGCCCUGCCACGUCUGUAGAAACAGGCCAUGCCAGAACUGCUCUCAAGCGAACAUCCUCAGCUACAGCUGAAGCUGUCAGUCUUGUCCUUGUGUCAGAGGACAGUAAUCACUCAUCUAUUUCGGUUCAUAGCACAGACUCAGAACAAAGCAGUGCUUUUAAGAAAUUGAAAAUUGAGACUGAAGCCAGUGGUGCUGCAUGCCAUUUCCAUACAGUUGUAGAUAAAGCCUCAAUGUCCGAUGGUCCUUCUGAAGUCCCGGUCACACAGGUUUCAUUGGUCACCUCUGGCUCCGCAUCAGUUUCCUCAUCUAGGCCAGCUCGUAACAUAAGUUCGGAUGCAAUGUUUCAUUUGGUAGAUUCAGUUUUGUCAGGUGGCAAGCUGGACCAUUCUAACUCUGGAGGCAAUAGAUUAGUGAAACCCAGACUAUCUGUCAGUUCCACAGAAUCAAGUACACAUUGUAAAAGAGUUGUGAGAAAGUGUCCCCCAUUUUCAGCAACAAGCGAUGCCACCUCUGCUCAAACACUUGUAACUGAAACAAAUUCCAUGGACAUCUCAAUUUCUUGCCCAUCAGAAAGUCAUACGGACCUAGGAUCCAGUUCUUUACCAUCUUGUGAAGGGAAUUCAGAGAAACAGGCACCAGCAUUACCCGGCUCACCACAGCUUUUGCCAUGUCUUGAGGACUACUACUGUAAGGAGACAAAGACACUCAACACCAAUGUCUUAGUCUCAACUUACAUGCAAGGAGACAUUGCUGUGGACUCUGAGAAAUUUGCUAAAGUAGAUAAUCUUACGCAAGUUCCAGCAAUGAAAGAAGUCAACUUACUUCAGGAGGCUCUUCAGGGAAUGGAGGAAGAUAAGGUGGAGAAAACUCUCAUUGGCAAAACCCUUAGUUCCAAACGGAGCAAUGUGAUAACAAGCACAAGCAGCACUAAUAAAGCUAGCAAUAGUGCCAAUCUUCGUGUGGUGAAGACCCGCAACUCUGCAAUUUUGCACAAACACUGCCAAAACCCCAACCUCCUCAAUAACAGUUAUGAUUAUGAUGAUGAGAUGCUUGGCUUCCCGAGAAUGGUUGACCCAUCAGCACAGAAGGGCCUGGAAGGCAAGGUGCUAAGUACUCAGUGUGGGACAUCAGGAGCUGAGGAUUCUGUCAAGAUGAUGGCUAUGGCUGCAGAAAUGACCCCGCUAGAGGUUGAGAAGAAUGUGCAAAUGCAAGCCCUGUCCAAGUUCAACACUAAUGUUAUCAAAAGUAAUAUUAGAGAAGACAUAUCUGACAGGGCAUCUACCUCAGGGAGUACUGAGACAGAGGAAGCUGACAUGGAAGCUGAAGCUGAAAGCACUGAGGAGGAAGAAGAAGAGGAAGAACAAGAAGAGGAGGAGGAGGCAGGAGCACAUAGCAGCAUUGUGGAGGAGAGUCGAGCCUUACCUAAUCCUGCACGAUGUUUUACCACAGCUGAUGUGGCAGCUGCCAACAAAGCCUGGGAAGACUAUAACAGCAAGAACAACAGCAUUGUAGUGGAUACUUUUCAAGGACAGUUCAAAAGCACGGUGGUGUGCUCUGAAUGCAGUCAUGUAUCUGUCACCUAUGAGCCAUUUAUGUAUCUGUCUCUGCCUAUACCUCAUGCCAUGGAACGGCAGAUUAGUGUCGUGUUUAUACGACCGUGCAAUUUAGCAACACGAUAUCUGGUAACAUUGCACAAAAAUGAUAAAGUGCAGCGAUUGCGCCAAAGCUUGCAGGCCUUGACUGGCACAGAAAGCAGUGAUGUCAUCCUAGCAGAGGUGUUAGACAACCAUGUAUCCAGGAUUCUGGAUGACAACAUUAUGCUUCGCUAUGUCAAUGACACAAACCGCAGCCUCUAUGCUUUUGAAAUGCUGCCACCACCUGCAGUGACAGACCUGAAAUCACUGAGAUCUUCACCAGAUCUACCUCACUCUUACUCUAGCAAUAGUUCAUCAAAUAUUCACCUUGAAAAAGAGCACUGUGCAAGUUUUAGAACAUCAACUGUUACUGGGCCAGUCAUUGAAGACACGCUAGGUGCAGAACUUGUCACAUGCUCAGACCAGUCUGGUGAGAGUCUGCCGCAUACUUUGGGAAUGGAUUCCUUUCUGUCAGAGGUAUCUUCCAACGAUGCCACAGUUGGUUCAUCCACAGCUGCUGUCUCUGAUCAGUCAGAAACAUUUGGUGACGAUAACCAACUGAAUUACUCUGAUUCUAGUCAGAUUGGCACUGGCUUGUGGGAAUGGACCCGAGGUGACACCUUAGCGUCUUCAUCUAACCUGAAUGACAUUGUCUCAGUGCCACCGUCGUCACCCACCUCUCUUGCUCCCACCUUUCAGGUUGGCUCAGAUGCAAACUGUGUCUCUUGUGAGGGAGACUUUGCUAACACUUUACCCACUGAAACUGUUGGCAUGGACAGCUUUCAUGCUGGCCCUGACUUCUUUGCCUCUCGCAUUUGGCCUGAUAACAGAUUGGAUUCUGGUGAUCCUAGCUCAUUUGUUGCUGGGCCUAAUGCAGCAGCAAGUACUGGGUCUGGGGGUGGUGUCAUGGACCAGUGGAGAAUGUGCGCCAUAUGUCUGGAAGAAAUGGUGGAUAGUGAGCUGCUAACGCAUGCCUCAUGUGCAGGCAUAUUUUGCCAUAACUGCCUGGAGAUGUCGGCCAAGCACAGUGGUGAUCUGGCAGAAUGCUGUCCUGUAUGCCUGGCCCCAAUAGACAUGACCCAGGAUUUUGUUCCUCUUGCAAGCAGCAACAGCACAAAGAGCAAAGUCAGAAUUCUUGUGGUACCUGUCACCUUCCGGUGUGAGCGCGCAGGCACCAUUAGUAAUGACUAUGAUGGAAAUGGCAUGUUGUUUGAGUUGGUUUGCAGUCCGCGUAUAAUUUAUGUAGCAAGCAAGCAGGACGCAUCCACUCUCUUUUCGCAGGUUGACAGAGUCAUACCAGUUAAUACAGAGUACACGUUACACUUUACUGAUGGACAGGGACUGCAUUGCUCAAGAUGUGACUAUACAGCUCACUGUGCAGGCUGCGAGGUAACUAGAGAAGGGGAGAUUACUUUGCAGCCAGGAGAUAACCUAGCAGUGCAUUUCACGGAAGGUUUAUCAAUGGAAAUGGAUUGUACGCGUUUUAUAGAAGAGGACCCAUCUAUGAAACAUCAACGUAGUCGUGAACCUUUAUCCAUCUUUGACUGUUUUGAUGCUUUCACACAGAGUGAAGUCUUAGAUGAAACCAACCCUUGGUACUGCCCAUGCUGUUGUCGGAACCAGUGUGCAAAAAAGACAAUGACUGUUUGGCGCUACCCUGACAGCCUUAUCAUUCACCUCAAGCGGUUUGUGUUUGAAGACCUUUCUAGCACUAAGAUUGACAACCGUGUCGUCUUUCCGCACACCAAUCUGGAUGUGACCAGUUUUUUGUCUGGACCAUCUGUGUAUCUGAACGCCUAUGACCUCUACAGUGUGGUGUGCCACUAUGGUGGUGCAAAUUCUGGCCACUACACAGCUUUUACCUGUCACCCUCUCACCAGUGAGUGGUACCACUAUAAUGAUGAAUCUGUCACCCCUCAGAGACCCAGUGAGAGCGAGUUUGACAGCUGUUAUGUUCUCUUUUAUCAACGGAAAGGUACUUGCAAGAAGUUUAAUUUGGUCAAGGACUUGCCGGCCUUGGAUGAUGAGAAUGCUGACCACCUAACCUCAUCCAGUGCUCCUUUAGCAUUAGUGCCUGUCUUCUCGCCACCACCAUCGUCACCCUCCUCUACUAUUGCAGCAGAGACAGCGACCACUGAAGAAGAUGCCAGUCUCACGAUCUCAAUCCCUUCACUAGUGCAGCAGGCAGAGGCAGACAGUACGCAGAGUUAUGACUUCUACAACUGAUCUGCUAUCCCCAGGCGACAGUGAAAUUAUGAAUAGGAUAUUUUUCUAAGAUUAAGGUCUAGUCAGCUUUUUGUAAAUUGUAGUUAAAUUAAAGCUGGCUAUGUUACAUAUUAAAUCAGAGUGUCUUCAUUGGUCAUCCUUGAUUUUAGGUCUUAGACAUUUCUUGCUCUUUUCAAUUUUGUGAAGUGCAUUUAGCGUGAAAAUGCAGCUGAGGCAAAUGGAAUGACUGUUGCCACUUGAAUGAGAAACUGAGAAAGAGGGUGUCCUUUGCUGCUGUAGUUUUUAUUCUUCUCUCUUCAGCAAGUUUUCUUGUAGUUUGUAUUUGAGAGUUUUUCCUCCUAGAGUGCAUGCCUGUGUGAUCAAUCUUUACUCACUGGUUGUGCAGUCUUUGUCAUCACAAAAGCACUUUUUUUCCCAAAGUGAGAUGGAAAGGGGUAGAAAGAAAUAUGUGAAUACCUGUUUUGAUAAACGUUUCUUUUAAAAUGUCUUGCUUCUUUCUGUUAAUUGCGAUUUAAAACUUUUUAUAUUCCUAGUUUCUUACUCCAUUUCUAUACAGGGGAUGUCCUUUACAGUUGUGGAAGACAGUGACAGAAUUUGUUACCAAAAUCUUUCCCCACACCCCUUCACCAGUAUUUUCAUUGAAAGUGAUCAUUUUUAAUUUCAGUUAUAACCUUAUUUUUCAGUAAUUUCAUCAUUUUAGACAUACAGAUCACUUUUUUAGUGUUAAUUGCUUCAUUUACCUGCUAAGAAGACUACAAUUAUGUGCAUAAAAUGAAGCACUAGAUUCCAGACAUAUUGCUCAAAACACAACUGGAGACAAUAUCAUUAACACACUGCAUCUGCAUGUUUGCUGAGAAAUUGUUAACAUAUCUGCAAUGAAAAAUAUGCUCAUCAUUCUCGGUGAAUUUUUUUACCUGCAUUUAGAAGACAUGAGUGCGCAGCGAAGGAUUUGAAUAAUGGCUUUGAAAUUUGCAAUACAAUAGUUCGUAGUAUUGGAGAACAUGGAAAAAGAGCAGGCAACAACAUUAAUUCCAUAAAGUCAUGUCACCUGCUGACAUUUAAGCAAAUUGCUCAAUACAGGUGCAUAGCCUUGAAGUGAUAGUAGGUAGUUCAUAGACUGUGUUGUGCUUGUUUGCAGGACAUGAUGUUGGGCAGUUCUUAAACUAUGUAAAGUGAAAAAAAAAAAAUGCAUGAGAUUAAAAAUAUUCAUCUGAAGACUAUAAUUGUAUUUGUAAAUGUAAAAUCCCAUUUUUUACUAUUCAUUUACAGAUCAUAUUAAAUAUAUUUAAGACUGAGUUCGACAUUUCUGUAGUUGCAGUGAUGACUUAAUGUUCUACUCUAGUGGACAGAUGUAAUAGACUGCUUCUGCUUUAUUGAUGCCAGAAUCAAGGAAUGCAAGUCAAACAAAAAUUGUAAUUGAUAACUGAUGGGAAUUUUUUCAGAAUACAUUUCAAGAGGUGUUUUGAAGAAAUCCAUCUGUCAGCUUGCUAAUUUAAACAGUUGUAUUCUUUUAAAACCUACAAGACUGUGAUACCAGGACAUUUGCCAAUACUUCUGUCCAUUUCUUUGAUGUCAAUAUAUGAUGGUCAACAUCUAGUCUCUUGGGAUGUAUGUUAUCAGUGGGAUCAUAAAGACAAAGCUAAUACUGGUAGAAUGCAUUUUAUAAAAUUAAUGGUGCUUGUGCUAUAUGUUACCCUCCCUACUUAAAUGAGUUUUCUUAAAAUUAUCAGUAUUUAGGUGUUGUGAAAUCAGAGAUAUCACACCUUUAGUUACUACAAUUAAAAAAAGGGGGAAAAAUUAGCCAUGGCUAGGAAUGUGGCAUGUUUGCAGUGGAGAAGUUACUGUCUUAGCACGUAAAUAUUGGUCUAAAAAAUGUAUUGAAGAAAAUUAACCCUAAGAGACAAUGGCAUAAGAGGCUUUAAAAUACCUAACCUAUAAAACCUAGACUCAAAGAAAUGAUUAUAGGACAUCAAAAAUGUUUGUAUAAUGAUAUUGCUAAAGGAAGGGUGUGAAAAAGGACUAGCAUUAUGGGAAAAGGUGUUGGGAGUAAAAUUUACAGAAGAGGUGCGUUUUCAGUGCACAUUUAACCUGGUUGAAUCUUUAUGAUCAUUUGUCAUAAUAGUUUUAAAUAUUAAAUAUGAAACAUCUUCAGUAAAGCAAGACUCUGAAAGUAUUGCAACACCUAAAGUUUGCUUCAUAACAGCAUGUAGGAGGAUUUUCAACAUAGCAUUACAAUCAUCACUUUGUACAACUUUAUGCUGGAGUCAGCUGAAGAAAAUGGAAGACAUUUCCAGUGCACACCAAGCUUUUGAUUUGUCUUUAAUAAAAUCUAUGCCUCCUGCUGACAAAUUUCAGAGAAGAUAUGGACAUGCCAUUUUUGGGAGUUUAGUAUAUUCUGUUUUGCAUUCACUUUUCUGGAUUUAUGAGUGUCUUAAAAAGAUACAGCAGCCAGAGACCACUUCUCGUUUUAAUUUUAGGAUAUCUUUCAGGAAAAAGUUUGAUAAUUUCACUUUAUUACCCUUAUGCAGGAGAAUUCUUGGAAGUUUAGCACAGAAAGUAGCUCCUCAAAUGGAAAUUUUGAAUUUAGUGAAACAUCAAGAUUUUACCGUUUAUCUGGACACUGUUAAGCAGAGUAAUCUAGUUUAUUCUCACGUAUUGUGCAAGACUCAUUCAGUUCUCACAGUAUUGGCAAAACUAUACUCCGAAAUGCCAACUGCUUGGUUAGCGUAUGUUGUGGUGUCAGUGGGUCAUGAACACGCAAGUGUCUCAACUUUUCUUCUUUGUUGGUGUGUGAUAGAUAUGUAGACAUCAGCCAUUUUUUGUAGCCAUUUGUGUAAUUGUUAGCUUCUGGAAGACGAUUGUUAAAUUUAUGUGUGCGUGCGUGCGAAUAUCAGUAAUGUGCAGGAGAGUGCAUCAGUGAUGUAAAAUAAAAUUUUGAAUAUUC